AUGAUCAUUAUCGUCAGUGGUCUUGGUCCUAUCAUGUUUGGCCAGAUCCGUACCAGACGGCGGAAGGGUUUGGAUCUUAUAGGGGAGUACGAUAGUGAUGAUGAUGAUGUUCCCUCGAGUGGUGAGGAGGAAGAGGAUGACGGCUUCACGAUGGACACUAGCCCAGAGGACCAUGACCAGGAGCUUCUUGAGAGCUUGGAGCAUACAGGCUUAGGGUCGCCGAUGAGGAGGAACCGACGAAGUGGUCGAGGAGUGGCUUCUUCAUCAUCGUCUAAUGCACCCAAAGUCAGUUUCGUCCUCGGUAUGUCCCAAGCAGCCCCCUCAGAGGAGAAGGCCGAGAGUGGCGAGCAAGCCGUGAUGGGCCCAUCGUUCGACCCUAAGUUUGAUCUCAAGAAGGGUAUGGAUCAGCCUGUGGACGGUGGGGGAAAGUCCAUCAACUACAUGACCAAAUCCGAGAUGAAAUCCAAGUACGGUGUGGGGUUCGCCAUGUUGGCCAAGAUGGGCUUCAAGGGUGGUGGUCUCGGUAAGAAUGAGCAGGGUAUUGCUAAUCCUAUCGAGGUGAAGGUCCGGAGGAAGAACGAGGCCCUACAGGAAAGUGGGGAGAAGGUGAAUCAGGAUUUGUUUGGGCAUAAGAUGGCUACACGGCGGGCCAAGGGAGCGAAUGCUCUGGACAUCAUUAACCUUUCGGAGGAGGCCGUAGUAGAUCAAGAGGAGGAGGGUCGGCCUAAGAAGGAGAGGAGUGAGGGGUGGAAGAAGGGUUCGAGGAAAUAUAGGGAUGCCCAGAGGAAGACGUCGUCCAGGUCGGUGGCCUUUGGGGAUGUACCACACGUGGCCCCAGCUUCUAUGUCAUCCCGGGUCAUCGAUAUGACUGGGCCGUUGGGACCACAAGUCGUGGGGGACCUAGGGGCCGCGGUGACAGCAGCUAGGGAGAGGUCUGAGGGGCCUGUCCAUCUGGCUGAGUUGAGACAUAACGCAGUGGAGAUGCUCGAAAUGCAACAGGAGAAGGUGGACGACAUGAUACGCCAGAGGGCCGCUAUAGGAUCAUCCUUGCGUAGUGUGGAAGAGGACUCCUUGCCCAGUAAGGAAGCCAUAGAGGAGGACCUUAAGGCCACUACUGCAUUGGAAGGGGAGUUACGGUCCACCCUGUUGAGGUGUCGAACUGUUGCGGAGCUCUCUGAGGCAUCUUCGAGGUUGAGGGAGCAGUACGCUGAUAGGGGUCGGGUGUGGUAUCGGGUCGAUGGCGAUUCGGUCCUCCUGGCGGCCAGCAGUGCUUUGGGUCAGAAGGAACUGUCAAGGGCUACUACUGCGGAAGAGUUCAAUCGAAUUCUUGGUACCUUGGUCCAGGAUGUCAUUUUGGAGGACGCAGAUGUGGACCGGUUCCUCUGCUCGGCCGUAUGUCCCCACCUCCAACGGCUGUGUACCAAUACUAAAUCCCUUACCGUUCUCGUGGAUCUAUUGGACUCCCUCCAGCAAGUGUCCUCACCUUAUGUGUACAACGCCCUGUUCACGCGUGCAGUGAUGCCGACUCUGACAGAUCGAAUAUCGAAGUCCCCACCGGACCAACUGUUUGCCCUGGUGAAGCCGCUGUUAGAGGUCAUCCCUCAGUCCUCUUGGACCCUCCUAGUGUCGGACCACAUCCGGCCAAUGCUGUCCUCAAGGCCCGACCAACUGCCAAGCACCCUCAAGGAUUGGAAGGGGACACUACCGAGUGGGGAUUGCAAGCAGCUGCAGUUGAGGAUGUGCGGGGACCUCGGCGACAAGCUGAGGCGUGUCCAAGUGAACCCGGCUAAUCAGGAGCAUGGUGACCUCAUCCAGGAGUGUGUUAAUUGGGCGAGGGACGGUUUGGUGCCCACAGCGGCCUGUAGCAAGCUGUUGGGCGAUACCCUUAUGACCCAUGCAUGGGUAGGGGCCCUGAGGAAGUGGCUCAAGCAAAGAGGCAAUGUCUCUUUCCAAGAGGUCCUCCAGUGGUUCCAGGGUUGGCGUUCACUCUUGGGCCCAGUAGCCGAGCUGGGAUCAACCCGCAACGCCCUCCUACAGGGCCUCUAUCUCAUCAGGCGGGCCCUUACUGGGAAGGAGGACAGCCUUAUUGGAGGUGACCUCCCGACCAGUGGUGAGGAAUCGGAAAAGCAGAAGGACCAGGGCAAGGACGAUGAGCUCCCCCCGGAGAUGUCGACUGGCCUCAGCUCUCAUGCAGUAGCUGUCCACCUAGGGGAUGUCCUAAACGACCUAGCGCCCGAUGUGCCACUGUUACAGAAACCGGGCAUGCGUGUUGAUGGUCGGCAAGUGUAUAAGUUUGGUACUCUUGGUUCGGUCUAUUGGAGGGAUAAUGAGCUCUUUUAUAAGCCUACUGUUACGGGCGAUUACACCAUGAUUGCUGCCACUGAUUUGGUCGAUAAGGCCAAGGCUGCUGCUACUGCUGCUAGGCCGUCGGGCCCUCGGCGGCGGUAGUAGGGGACAGGCCUAUAACGUA